AUGUCUCUCUUCCUUUCCUCUUGCACCAGCAAGUGUGCUCCCGGGUGGGUCGACCACGGCACCAACUGCUACAAGAAGGAGGUGGUGACGCCCAACGGUUGGCUGGGGGCCUGGCACCACUGCGUCCGGAUGGGCGGCAACCUGCUCUCCAUCACCACCUCGGACGAGGAGGAGUUUGUGAAGGUCACCGUGGGCAAGGACACCCCUUUCUGGCUGGGACUCUCCAACCAGAAAUGCGACAAGGUCUGGUGUCGCUUUGAAGGCGGGAGCCAGAAGCUGACCUGGUCCGAUGGCGAGACAAUGAAUCACACCAACUGGGCCCCAAAUCAACUCGAAAGCGCCGACGUUGCGUCCUGCGCCUACGUCAACCAAGGGGGAAGGGGUGAGCCCGGCAAGUGGCGGUCUGGCUCCUGUCGUUCCUCGUUGGCCUACAUGUGCAAACGGCCGCUGAGCUGCCCGAAGUGUUCGCUCAAAAGUGGUCCUGCUGUAGUGACGACCUCCGACUGCCACGACAACACCUUCCGCUAUGGCGAUUAUUGUUAUCGUUACGAGAAGACGCUUAAAACCUUUGACGAUGCUGAGAAGUUCUGUCUUUCCCGGGGAGGCCACCUGGCUAGCGUCCACUCCAAGAAAGAGGCCCAAUUUGUGUAUGAUCACUCGCGGACCUCACAAUCUCCUUUCGUGGGACUCAAGAAGACGACGGGCGACGACUACGAGUGGAGUGACGGAACAACUUACAACUACGACGAUUGGCAAGAUGACACCACGGGGGACUGCGCGCUCCCAAAUUCUGUUGGGGAGUUGAGUGCCAGCCCCUGCAACACGCAGCGGCCAUUUGUCUGCAAAAGAGCCAAGCGUGGAGGGCCUCAACAGCUGCCACCAUCAAUCGGCCAACUACGCUGGACUGAGAAAUGCGGCUGGUGGCUGGACGACCCCACCAACGACUGUUGCUACCUGAUGAUCCGCCAGCCCACCAAGACCUGGCAGGAGGCGCAAGCUGACUGCAAAGGCCGGCAAGGGAACCUGCUCAGCAUCGCCGACUUGCACGAGCAGGGCUUCGUACACGGUAUCGCCAAGACUCUGAUUGGUGAUGCCUCCCUGUGGUUGGGCGCCAGCGCCUCCAUCGAGCAUGACGGCGGCAAGUGGGCUGACGGAGCCCCCUUCUCUUACCUCCACUCAAGUGCAGGUGUCACUAAAGGGGGGAAAUGUCUUUUCUUGCUCACUGGCAGCGGCGACUGGAAGCGUGACGAGUGCGACAACAAGAAAGGCUACAUCUGCAAGAAAAGAGGAAAAGGAAAGACACAUCAGCUGCCGCCACAUGACGGCUACAAGGAGGAGCUUGUCUGCCAAGACGAUUGGAAAUCCCUCAAAUGUCCCGAUGAAAGAGUCAUCCGCAUACGGUCGGCUUUCCAUGGACGGGAGCGUGGCGACGUCUGUCCGAGUGGCGGCGGAUCACGCGAUGAAUGCAGGGUGGAAGGGGGUCUCCGUCGCUUCAGAGAAUUGUGUGACAACUAUCAGACUUGCCCCAUUUACCCCAUUUACCUUACGGAUACGGACUCCUGCCCUGGUGUCUCCAAAUACCUCCGCGUCGUCUACAGCUGUGAGGAGAAAGUGUGUCUUGAUAGUCUGGGCAUCGCGGACGGGAGAAUCCCAGACUCCUCUUUUUCAGCCUCUUCCUCUGCGAUCAAUGCCGAACCUCACAAAGCGCGUCUGGGGGGCAGCGGUUGCUGGAGCCCCUCCAAAAUGUUCGGCAGCUGGAUCCAGGUGAACCUUGGUCAGAACUUCAAGGUCACAGGCAUUGUGACCCAGAAGUGUACAUACCAAGGGCAAAGUUCCAGCGUAUUUUCGAUGCAGUUCAGUAUUGACGGAGCGACUUGGUAUCACCACCCUAAGCAGCCUUCUGUGGGGACGUAUAUUCUAACCAGGCCUGUCUUCGCCCAGUACGUCCGCCUCCUGCCAAUGUUUUCGGGCCUACGCUUUGACGUCUUGGGGUGCAUGUCUGACGACACCGCUCACAUCUUAUGCAGCAGCACAGCCGCCAAACUCGUCCUCGACGGUUCAAUGACGGUCCGGUGCCCACCGGGCUGCGCCAAAGCCGACUACAAGGUCUACGGAACACGGCUCUACAAACGGGACUCGAACAUCUGCGCGGCCGCUAUUCACUCGGGCGUCAUUGAGAACCAGAUCGGAGGAGAUGUGACUUUGCUGAAGGAAGAGCCACAGAAAGCCUACAACAGCUCCACCUGUAACGGAAUCAACUCGAAAGUAUAUGUUGACGAAUUGGCUCCGUCUCCGUCUUACACUUUUGAGGUGUACACGGAGCCGAGAUGCUUGGGACCUGACUGGGAGGAGUUUGCGGACUUCUGCUACAAACGUUCUAAUGAUACAAAGAAGUGGUACGACGCUCGACACUUCUGCAGGAGUCUCGAUGCCGAGCUGGUGUCUAUCCUCUCCGAGGCUGAGUCGAAUUGGCUGCAGGACCUAUUGAAGUCUGCCCCCGGAGACACGUGGACCGGACUGAAAGACCUGGGCGAUCGCGGCAGAUUCGUGUGGUCGGACCGCCGGAAGGUGACCUUCACCAACUGGGCUCCGGGAAAACCUACCGCCCUGAUGGAGAAUUGCGUGGCCACCUUGAGCCAGGUACGUGCAGAAAAGAUUGACGCGCUCGCCGACUUCCAGCCUGGCAAAUGGAAGAUGAUGUCCUGCAUGCAACUCAACGGCUACGUGUGUAAGAUGCCCACAGUGCGUUAUCCGGUGGAUUUGGAAAGUGCCAAUGGAAGUUGCGAGUAAUCCUAUGAAUGCAAUUGACCUUGCAUGAUCAUUCUGCUUGGUUUACCAUGCAUUUUGAUUGACUGGUUGAUUUACAAUGCAUUCUUAUGAUUGAUUAACCAUGCAUUAGUCGUCUUGUUAGUUACCAUGUGUUAUUAUUCUGUUUAAGUUACCAUGCAUUCUUCUUCUUGACUUAACAUGUGAUAUUGUGAUUUACCAUGCAUCAUUAUUAUUAUUUUGUUCAAUUUACCAUGCAUUAUUAUGAUUGAUUAACCAUGCAUCAGUCUUUUUGUUAGAUUUACCAUGUGUUAUUCGGUUUAAGUUACCAUGGAUUCUUCUUCUUUUUGACUUAACAUGUGAUAUUAUGAUUUACCAUGCAUUAUUGUUAUUCUGUUCACUUUACCAUGGAUUCUUAUAAUUGAUUAACCAUGCAUUAGUCGUCUUGUUAGAUUUACCACGUGUUAUUCUGUUUAAGUUACCAUGCAUCUUCUUCUUGACUUAACAUGUGAUAUUAUGAUUUACCAUGCAAUAUUAUUAUUUUGUUCAAUUUACCAUGUUGUUAUUCUCUUAGAUUAACCAUGCAUUUUCAUAAUUGAUAUUUCAUUGACUUGUUAAAUUUACCAUGCAUUAUUAUUCCAUCUGUUGUUUGACCAUGUUUAAUUGACCCCAAAAAAAACAAUAAAAUAAGAAAGACAA